CCACUGGGGCGGCGCCUGCUGAUAUAAAUCGGUGGGUGAAAAUUUCUCAAGUCCAGCUUCCCAUUUCAGGAACCUCUUCUCCACAACUGCUUUCUGCCUCCGGACCGUGUUUAGCUUUAAACUGCAGCCAUGCCAUCUGACCUAGAGAAAGCGAUGGAGUCCAUGAUCAUGGUGUUCCACAAAUACGCUUCCAAGGAGGGCGACAACAACUCUCUGAGCCGCAGGGAGCUCAAAGACCUCAUGGAGAACGAGCUAUCUGGCUUCCUCAUGUCUCAGAAAGACCCUGCCACAGUGGACAAGAUCAUGAAGGAUCUGGACACUAACGGCGACGGCCAAGUGAGCUUUGAGGAGUUUGUGUCUCUGGUGGUUGGCCUAUCCAUCGCCUGUGAACAGUGCUAUCAGAUGCAUCUCAAGAAAACGGGGGCCAGAAAGUGAAGGAAUAAAAAAGGAAGAGGAAGAUGAGGAAAGAAUGGAUGCUCAGAGAAUAUAGGGAUGAAGAAAAUUGUCUGUUUUUUUGUAAUUAUGCUGUCUAAUAAAAUGUCCUUGUUGUUUACAGA